UCUACCACAGUAGUCACUGCCAGCUGUCAGAAGGGAGUCUGAACUCUUACUGUUGUGAAGCCCUUAGGCUGAGGGGUCUGUUACGUCAGAGAGGAGGUAGUGAGUACCCUGAGUGCACCUCCAGCUGUUUGGAAGGGGCCAGCACCAAACGGACCCGCGCGCUGAAUUCGAACUGAACUGUCACAAGAGGACUCCAGUGUAGACGAUAGUAUGCAGAACGAUAUGAUUGAAGCAUAUCAGGAAGAGAUUAAAGCCUUGCAGGAAGAGAUCUCUGAAUUAAAACAGAAGUACAAAGAGAAUGAGAAGGAAGUUAUUUACCUUUCCAGUGUCAAUCUUAAGAAGACUUUAUUAUCAUAUCACGGAAAAACAGUAGCUGACCAUGAGCUGAAAAAGGAGAUGGCAGUAAUGACUCCUGACCUUGACCACUGCACAAAUGAAAUUCAGUUCUUUAACAAUAUCUCUGGUAUACAUUUUACCAAAUACUUCAAGAAAAGAGAGCACAAGUCUGAUAAUGAAGACCUGUAUAAGCACAGGUUGAUUGGUCAGUGUCAGUCCCUCACAUUUCAGAUGGAGUUUGAAACGCUAAAUCCAAAGCAGAAUAAUGGAGAGAGUUGCUGUGACGUUACUAACCUAAAUAUCAUCAUGGGAUGCGGUGAACAUUCAGAUUUAAGCAAAUUCAUCUCUAGGACUGAAGAACGAAAGAGUUUAUUGGCCUUUUUUCGCACGCUUUCCAGCUUUGCAGAGUGGGGUGCAUAUCGUAACAAUAUCUUUGCCCAAUUUAAGGAAAAGUAUCCAUCAACUAUUGGACUUCCUCUUGGAUCCUCGGGGGAAUAUAUGGUUCUAAGAAACCCAAAACUUCCCAGGUGUGAACUGCUGCUUGUCUGGAAAAUCCAAAUAGAUGAGGAAGGAACAGUAACACCAGUCCUGGAUUUAUUACCCAAAAUACCAGAGCAAGCAUUAGCCCUGGAUAAACUACAGGUCAUUGAAGGUGCUGCUAAAGGCUUCAAAAAUCUACUCCAGUCCUUUGGAAUUGAAAGCUCCAUUGAGAACAUCAUUCAAGUUUUCUGCUAAACUGGAAAGUGGGAAUAAAAAAAACGUGCUGAUUUGAAGGUGUAAAAACUGAAAGAGACAAGGUUUUUGAAUAAUUACCC